CAUUCGCCCAAGUUUGUCAUACGACGAAGGCGUUCCUGAUUAUCUAGUGCACUGUGAUUAGUUUUCGCCUAAAAACAUCUGUCCAAAUCCCGCACAAUGUCUUCAAGCAGCGGUAUUCAGAUCCCCAGCCGGUUGCCUUUGCUGUGUACACAUGAUGGAGUACUUUUGCCCGGCUCGACCAUGCGAAUCAGCGUCGAUACUGCGAGAAACAUGCAGUUAGUGAAGAGCAGACUGCUGAAGGGGACCUCGCUCAAAAGCACCAUCAUCGGGGUCAUUCCUAACACCAGAGACCCCGAGCACGACAGCGAUGAGCUCCCGGCCUUACACAGCAUUGGCACUGCUGGAUUGGCAGUGCAAGUAGUGGGCAGUAACUGGCCGAAACCGCACUACACACUGCUCAUUACAGGGUUGUGUCGCUUCCGUGUGACCCAGCUGCUGAAGGAAACACCUUUCCUAGUGGCAGAGGUUGAACAGCUAGACAAACUGGAGCAGUACACAGAUGGAGACCAGGGAGAUGGAGAGCUGGGGGAGCUGUCACAGAGGUUCUAUCAGGCUGCUGUACAGCUGGUCGGGAUGCUGGACAUGUCGGUGCCUGUGGUUGCGAAACUCAGACGGCUGUUGGACAGUUUACCUAAAGAAACACUGCCUGAUGUCCUGGCCUCCAUGAUCCGCACUUCUAACAAAGAGAAACUGCAGGUGCUGGAUGCAGUAGACUUGGAGGAGCGGUUUAAGAAGGCUCUUCCGCUGCUCACUAGACAAAUUGAGGGGCUCAAACUGUUGCAGAAGACCCGCAAACUCAGACCUGGCGAUGACAAGAGAGUGCUGGCCAUCCGUAAAGGUGGAGUGUUCCCAGGCCGUCAGUUCUUGGUGGAGGAUGAGGGGGAGGAUGAAGAUGGUGAUGAUAUGGCUUUGCUGGAGAAGAAGGUGAAGGCUGCAGCCAUGCCAGAGGCAGCACUGCACGUGUGUCUCAAAGAGCUUAGAAGAUUAAAAAAGAUGCCGCAGUCCAUGCCAGAGUACGUCCUCACCCGCAACUACCUGGAGAUGAUGGUGGAGCUGCCAUGGAGCAAGAGUACUACCGAUUGCCUGGACAUCCGUGCCGCACAGAUACUCUUGGAUAAUGAUCACUAUGCCAUGGAGAAGCUGAAGAGGAGGGUGCUGGAGUAUCUGGCUGUGCGCCAGCUCAAGAGUUCUCUUAAGGGGCCCAUCUUGUGUUUUGUGGGACCCCCAGGUGUGGGAAAGACCAGCGUUGGACGUUCCAUCGCCCGCACUCUGGGUCGAGAGUUCCACCGCAUCGCCUUGGGAGGAGUCUGUGACCAGUCAGACAUCCGUGGCCACAGACGCACGUACGUUGGUAGCAUGCCUGGCCGCGUUAUAAAUGGACUAAAGACUGUUGGUGUAAACAACCCUGUCUUUUUACUGGACGAGGUGGACAAACUUGGCAAGAGCAUGCAGGGAGACCCUGCCGCCGCCCUGUUGGAGGUUCUGGACCCAGAGCAAAACCACAGCUUCACUGACCAUUACCUCAACGUACCUUUUGACCUCUCACAAGUGCUCUUCAUCGCCACUGCAAAUACGACUGCGACAAUCCCCCCUGCCUUAUUGGACAGAAUGGAGGUCCACCAGGUGCCAGGGUACACACAGGAGGAGAAGGUAGAAAUAGCCCACCGGCACCUGAUCCCUCAUCAGCUGGAGCAGCAUGGACUGACCCCACAACAACUACAGAUCCCACAAGACACCACACAGGAUAUAAUUAGCAAGUACACACGAGAGGCAGGCGUGCGUUCUUUGGAGAGGAAGAUUGGGGCCAUCUGUCGAGCAGUGGCUGUGAAGGUCGCUGAAGGUCGAAAGAUCUCUAGAGCAGAAUCCCCAACUGAACAACAUGCAGAAAAGACUACAGAGAGCAAGGAGGAGGAUUCUGGGAUAGCAGCACCUCCAGAGAUGCCCAUUGUUAUCGAUCACAUUGCCCUUAAGGAUAUUCUUGGCCCACCAAUUUUUGAGAUGGAGGUAUCAGAGCGACUGACCCUACCGGGUGUGGCGAUAGGCCUGGCCUGGACUCCAAUGGGUGGGGAAAUCAUGUUUGUAGAGGCCAGCCGUAUGGAAGGGGAAGGGCAGUUGACCCUGACAGGACAGUUGGGGGAUGUCAUGAAGGAAUCAGCCCACCUAGCUAUUAGCUGGCUCCGCAGCAAUGCCAAGACUUACCACCUCACAAAUGGCAAUGAUCUUUUGGAGGGUACCGACAUCCACUUGCACUUCCCAGCAGGUGCAGUCACUAAAGACGGACCCUCGGCUGGUGUUACCAUAGUAACGUGCCUGGCCUCACUGCUGAGUGGGCGGCUGGUGCGCUCUGAUGUGGGCAUGACAGGAGAGAUCACUUUGAGGGGACUGGUGCUACCGGUGGGUGGCAUAAAGGAUAAAGUCUUGGCAGCUCACCGGGCCAAUCUGAAACGAAUCAUCAUCCCCAAGCGCAAUGAGAAGGACUUGGAGGAAAUACCUGCCCAUGUGCGAGCUGACCUGGAUUUUGUUUUCGCCAGCACUCUAGAUGAAGUCCUAAAUGCGGCAUUUGAUGGGGGCUUCCCUUCAGCUGUCAAUCAUCCCCAAGUUGUUAGCAAACUCUGAGAUUGCAGUUGAUAGACAACUAAUGCACACAAAGGUGCUCAAGACUUUCUUCUCAAAGUAUUUUCAACACAAAUUUUUAUUUAAUGAUUCCCUCAUCUACAAAGAAUGGCUUUUUGGUAAUGAAUCAGAUUAAGAUCCCUUAUUCUUUUUCCUUUAUUUCAUUAAUAAUAUAUAAUUUAUCUGUUGUAAUUGUAAUUCAUGUAAUUAUGCUCCUGUUGAUCUGACAUCAAAAUAAGCUAAUGUUGGCAAAGCAGACUAUUAGCUGUUUAUACUGUAGAUUAGAAAUGAACUCUGUGGAGGAUGUUAAUUGUGACUCUUAAAAGGUGUAAUUUAACUAUGAGUGUUCUUCAUAGUGUUCAUUAAUAAUGUUCAGAUUGGAAAAUGUUAAUGUUAUGUUUAGCAUGAUGAAAACGAAGUACAAUUUUACAUAAGCAUAUAGAUUUGGUUAUGAUAUGUCAAGUUUGAGAUUAUAUAAUUUCCAUAAUAUUUCCAUGUUCAUUCACAGGGUUUCAAAUAAAUGGAAAUACUGCUUUCUAGGUCAUAUUAAUCUGAAUGGUUAUACAGUGAAUCUGGAAAGUAUUCACAGCGCUUCACUUUUUCCACAUUUUGUAAUGUACAGCCUUAUUCCAAAAUUGAUUAAAUUAAUUAUUUUCCUCAAAAUUCUACAAACAAUACCCCAUAAUGACAACAUUAAAGAAGUUUGUUUGAAAUCUUUGCAAAUGUAAUAACAAUAAAAAAUGAAAAAAAUAAAUAAAUAAAAUAAAAUCACAUGUAAAUAAGUAUUCACAGCCUUUCCUCAACACUGUGUUGAAGCACCUUUGGCACCAAUUGCAGCCUCAAGUCUUUUUGAGUAUGAUGCUACAAGCUUGGUACACAUAUUUUUGGGCAAUUUCUCCCAUUAUUCUUUGCAGGACCUCUCAAGCUCCAUCAGGUUGGAUGGGGAGCGUCGGUGCACAGCCAUUUUCAGAUCUCUCCAGAGAUGUUCAAGACUGUCAUGUCUGGUUUCCUCCAGACAUGACGCUUUGGCCUGAAUGGCAAGCGUCAUGUCUGGAGGAAACCAGACAUGACGCUUGCCAAAGAGUUCAAUCUUUUGUUUCUCAUGGUCUGUGAGUCCUUCAGGUGCCUUUUGGCAAACUCCAACAGCUUCCGUCUGGCCGCUCUACCAUGCAGGCCUGAUUGGUGGAGUGCUGUAGAGAUGGUUGUUUUUCUGGAAGGUUCUCUCUCCAAAGAGAAAUGCUGCAGCUCUUUCAGAGUGACCAUUGGUCACCUCCCUGACUACGGCCCUUCUCCCCCGAUUGCUCAGUUUGGCCAGGUGGCCAAAUCUAGGAAGAUUCCUGGUGGUUCCAAACUUCCAUUUACAGAUGAUGGAGGCCACUGUGAUCAUUGGGACCUUCAAUACUGCAGAAAUGUUUCUGUACCCUCCCCAGAUCUGUGCCUCGAUACAAUCCUCAGAGGUCUACAGACAAUUCUUUGGACUUCAUGUCUUAGUUUGUGCUCUGACACUGUUAACUGUGGGACCUUAUAUAGACAGGUGUGUGCCUUUCCAAAUCAUGUCCAAUCAACUGAAUUUACCACAGGUGGACUCCAAUCAAGUUGUAGAAACAUCUCAAGGAUGAUCAGUGGAAACAGGAUGCACCUGAGCUCAAUUUUGAGUGGUUGUGAAUACUUAUGUACUUAUGUUUUUAUUUUUUAUAUAUUUGCAAAGAUUUCAAACAAACUUCUUUCAUGUUGUCAUUAUGGGGUAUUGUUUGUAGAAUUUAGAGGAAAAUAAUGAAUUUAACCCAUUUAAAUAUGGCUGUAACGUAACAAAAUGUGGAAAAAUUGAAGCGCUGUGAAUACUUUCCGGAUGCACUGUACAUCAGAUGCAAAUGCAAUUUUCUAUCUGAACACCUAAAAUGCUUUAAAAGUAACUUACUGUGACAUCUAGUCCACAUAUUGUUGCUAGUUUUCAUUAAUAUGCUAAUUAGAUGUAUUAAACUGCCAACGGUUUACAUUUGACCUUCUUUUGGGAGAUAAGAACAAUGAAGGCAUUCUUAUUUGAUGAUGCUAAUACCUGAAUGACAGCUUUGGCCUGAAUAUGUAAGGCAUGUUUGGAAAUGUUUUAAGAUUAAUAAUUAAUUCAGUUUAACUGAAGCCUGUCAGUUCGAUAUGGAGGGUAAAAAUCAAGCAGUAUUUUCUUAAAACCUGCACUAAAAAUAUUACCUGUUCAAUCUUGCUACAACUUGAGUAAUCCUAAGCAAUAUAAAACUACUCCAUUCAUUUAGCUUGAUUCUAGUUGUGACAGAAUAUAGUUUGCCCUCUAGCUACACAAUACAGAGCAGAUGCACCAAAGGAUGGCGAUAAGGUGCAGUGCUUCUCAACUGUUGGGUUACAAGUGUAUUCUAAUUUGGUAGCAGAUAGCAGGAAACACAAUGGAAAAUGUACAUAAUAAAAUGGAACUACACAAAUAAUCAUACACAGUUUUGAUUGCAAAAUAAACAUAACCAAAUUUUAA